UUUGAACAUCUGGAGAAAGGAAACAUCAUGUUCUACCACGAAGACCUGGAGCAGUGUGGUCUGGAUGUCACAGAGGCCUCGGUGUACUCAGGAGUUUGUACAGAGAUCUUCAAAAGAGAGUGUGUGAUCUUCCAGAAACCAGUCUACUGCUUUAUUCAUCUGAGCAUUCAGGAGUUUCUGGCUGCAGUCUACAUGUUCCACUGUUUCACCAGCAGGAAGACAGAGGUGCUGGAAGCCUUCCUUGGAGAAAAGUACAGUGGGUCAUCUCUGGAUGAUUUCCUUAAACGAGCCAUGGAAAAAUCCCUUCAGAGUAAAAAUGGCCACCUGGACCUGUUUGUCCGCUUCCUUCAUGGCCUCUCUCUGGAGUCCAACCAGAGACUCUUAGGAGGUCUGCUGGGUCAGACAGAGAGCAGUCCAGGAACCAUUCAGAGAGUCAUUAACAAUCUUAAGCAGAUGAACAGUGAUGAAAUUUCUCCUGACAGAAGCAUCAACAUCUUCCACUGUCUGGUAGAGAUGAACGACCUCUCAGUACAUCAGGAGAUCCAAGUAUUCUUGAAGUCAGCUAACAGAUCAGAAAAGAGACUCUCUGAGAUCCACUGCUCAGCUCUGGCCUACAUGCUGCAGAUGUCAGAGGAGGUUCUGGAUGAGUUAGACCUAAACAAGUUCAAAGCAUCAUUGGAGGGACGACUGAGACUUUUUCCAGUUGUGAGGAAUUGCAGAAAGGCUCGACUGACUCAUUGUGUACUCUCAGACGCUCACUGUGAGGUUGUGGCCUCAGCUCUGAAGUCUAACCCCUCUCAUCUAACAGAGCUGGACAUGAGUAAAAACAACCUGGAGGAUUCAGGGGUGAAACUGCUCUCAGCUGGACUGGAGAGUCCAAACUGUCAGCUGAAGACUCUGAGAUUGAAGGACUGCUGGUUGUCAGUUAACAGCUGUGAGUCUCUGCUGUCUGCUCUGGAUUCCAGUCCUUCCCAUCUGAGAGAACUUGACCUGAGUAAAAACCAUCUGCAUGAUUUACAUGUGAAACAACUGUGUGGUUUUCUGGAGAGUCCACACUGUAGACUGGAGACUCUGAGACUGGGAGGCUGCCGUUUGUCAGAGAGCAACUGUACCUCUCUAGUGUCAGCGCUGAAAUCCAACCCCUCACAUCUAAGAGAACUAGACCUGAGCUCUAAUGACAACAUGCAGGAUUCAGGAGUAAAGCAGCUGUGUGGUUUUCUGGAGAAUCCACACUGUCGACUGGAGACUCUGAGAUUGGAACGCUGCGGUUUGUCAGAGAUCAGCUGUGCUGCUCUUGUCUCAACUGUUAAAUCCACACCCUCCUAUCUGAAACAUCUGGAUCUGAGUGAAAACAGGAACCUGCAGGAUUCAGGUGUGGAGCUGCUGUGUGGUUUUCUGGAGAGUCCACACUGUAUACUGGAGACUCUGAGAUUAAAGAACUGCAGGUUGUCAAAGAUCAGCUGUUCUUAUCUGGUCUCAGCUCUUGCUAAGUCCAACUCCUCCCAUCUGAGAGAGCUUGAUGUGAGCCACAACAACACACUAUUGGAUUCAGGAGUGAAGCAGCUGUGUGGUUUUCUAGGGAGUCCACACUGUAGACUGGAAACUCUGAGACUGGGGAACUGUGGUUUGUCAGAAAUCAGCUGUGAUUAUCUGGCCUCAACUCUAAAGUCCAGACCCUCUCAUCUAAGAGAACUUGACCUAAGUGGCAAUAAAAAUCUGCAGGAUUCUGGAGUAGAGCAGCUGUGUGGUUUUCUGGAGAGCCCACACUGUCGACUGGAGACUUUGAGACUGGAGGACUGCAGCUUGUGUGAACACAGCUGCAGAUUUCUGGUGUCAGCUCUGAAGUCCAACCCCUCCUUUCUUAGAGAGCUGGACCUGAGCUCCAACUACAAACUGCAGGAUUUAGGAGUGGAGCGUUUGUGUGGUUUUCUGGAGAGUCCACAGUGCAGACUGGAAACUCUGAGACUGGAGUACUGUGGUCUGUCAGAGAUCAGCUGUGAGUAUCUGGCUUCAGCGCUAAAGUCCAGCCCGUCCUAUCUGAGCGAGCUGCGCCUGAGAGGAAACAACCUGCAGGAAUCGGAUCUGAAGCAGCUGUCUGAGCUUGUGGAGAAUCCACAGUGGAGACUGGAGACUCUGGGGGUUGACAGGAUGAUUGAACCUUCCAAUGAAAACGCCUGUGACUCUGAACAAACAUUGGAUAUAAACCCUUUAGCUGAUUUAUCUGAGGAUGACAUAGAGCCAAUUAAGCCUCCAUCAAGCUUCACACCUGAAGUACAACCUGAAUCCACACAAAUCUCCCACAGGUUCAGGUGUCCUGGUCCAGGUGUGUUCCAGUGUACUCUGACCAGACUGGUGUUUGUUAUGGCUCAGGAGGCGGAGCUGCUGUACUGGAAUGUGCAAUGGGAUGAGAGCCUCCUUCAACAAGCUGGAAAAACAGCUGCAGGGCCGCUGUUUAACAUCACGUGCUCUGAGGACGCAGUCCGUCAGCUCCACCUGCCACACUGUGAAACAAAGGAGGCGUUGUGUGUUGAUGGCCUGCUGUCUGUCGCGCACGUCUUUGAUGAUGGGAUAAGCAUCUUGAAACCGAUGAGGAUCACCGACACGCAUGUGAUUGUGAACGUCUCCCACCUCUCUGCCUUUGGCCUUAUCUGGAAUUUUGUUAAAAGGUUUUUCAAAAUCCCAGAAGCAGGCCAGGUUCUGCUGUUCCUGCGAUUGAAAGACACAGUGCCUCUAAAAAUCAACGUGUUUCUCCUGCAUGAAAGAAUCCAUCUGUCAGAGGUUAAAAAGCAACAAGGCAAUGAUGCUACAUACAUUGAGACGUCUUCAGACUGCGUGCUUCACAUCGGUCAGCGUUACAGUGUCCACUGUGAACCCGAGGGCCUGAAGAUACAGCCGAACCACGCAGAGUUUUGGAAGAAGCUUGGACCGAAUUACUAUCCAACAUUUGAGGUUUUCCUGACUGCAAACCUGGAGGUUGUGACUCUGAUAGUCAAGGACCAAGAUGGAAAUGAAGCCUGGCGUCGUGAUGUGUUUGUCCCAGAAAAGGACCGAGUCUCACCAGAGGACAGCGCACACCACAAAACAAAACAAGAUGAGGAUAAGCUGCUGCUAAUCCGCUCAGAGUUUAUUGAAAGAGUGUCUGCAGAGGGUUUAAACAAAAUUGUAGAUAAACUCCUCGAGCGUCAAAUUAUAAUUGCUGGAGAGAUGGAGUCUGGGACAUGUGAGACAAAAAGCAGAGCAAAUAAAGUGCGAUGCAUAAUCGACACCGUGAGCCGAAAAGGAAAUGACGCCUGCAGACAUCUGCUCGAUGUUCUCAAAGAGGUGGACCCAACCCUUUUCAGAGUGCUCGUGCCAAACGAAGCCAAAAAAACCUCCAAAGAAGCUCAUGAGUCUCACGUUACUCAGUGAAAUCUGGAAAUGACCAGUUUUUGUAAUCACUCUGAAAGUGAUUCUCUUGAACCAACUUGGACUUGUUUGAAUGGAUGCUGAGCAGAAAACCAGAUGGAGUUGUUAACAAUCUCAGACUGCUUCAUAAUGUUAAAGGUGUUUCCGUAAAGUUUAGUCAUUCUAGCUUUCGCUCACUAGAUGGCGACAGAAGAUCGGUGAUAGAGGCAGUACCUCACACAUACAGACAGGAAAUGUGCACGUUAACAUGAUGUUUAUCAGUUUUAAACUGAUAGAAAUGAUAUUGUUAAGUUUUACUCAAACUACUUUUAAAUAAUCCCAGAUUACAUGAUAAAUGGACUGAUCCUUAUAUAGUCAAGUACUCAGAUUAACAACAACAAUUUCAAGGUGCUUUAUUUUGGAAGGGAAAGACUUGGUCUUCAAACUUUGGUGGUUUGAAGGAUUCUGGAUCAACGCUGCAAGUUUAUUUUUUUCAGUCUUGAUCAUCUGAAUCAAUCAAAUUAAUGUUACUGUGAAAUUAUUCUAAUGAUUUUGUACAAAUUUAGGCUGUUAUGUGUUUACUUUGCAUUAGUAUUAGUAACCAUCUGUUCCUUAUGUGAUUAAAAUCACCACAGUUUGGGAAUCACACAGAUUCACGUUUCCUUCCUCUCUGCUAAUAAAUGAAGCCAUUAAAUUUCCUCUAAAAGUCUUCAGUCAGUUUCCUCUGACUUCCUGUAUCACACAUACAAAAGUUGACAGGGAAGAGCAUGUGUGACACAAAAGACCAGAGGUCUGUAGCAUGAAGAUGGCUUUUGUUUUAUCCCAGUAGCUUCAGGGCAGCUGGGUGGCAUUUCUGUUAAUAUUGUAAAUAAUUACUGUUGAGUGUGUGAGAGAUGUGAAUGGGGUUGAUGAUGGCAGAUAAAAAUAAGCUGCAGUGAGAGACGACUCUUUCAUCUCUGUGUCACGUAAAGAAAAGAAAGAUAUGGAUGUAAAAGCUAAUAAAGGUGAAGUUUGGUGUGAAAACAAACCAGGAGUCAGACUGUGGGAGGACUUCAGACAGAAGUUGUUAAAUACAGAGAGAAGAGUUGGAAAUAUGACAGAACAUGUGAGACAUUUAGAACAAUAAACUAUGUAUAGCAAUGUAAAUGUGGGAGGGGGCACUGAAGGUGCUGAUUGUCCAGAGUACUCUGCAGCUUCAUUAGCCUCUGCUAACACUACAUACCUCAGCCUGCCACCCAACUGUGGCGAUGCAAUGACAGGAAACAGGAAUAAACGCAAGAGACCAGGAUGACACCCAGAAGGUUUAUGUAAGGCUGCCAGCGCAUACUUUGACAGAGAGUCUGUGAGGCAAACGACCCGGGCGAGGAAAAGCCCCAGAAAUCAGCCUAAACAUCUUCCAGGCGCACACACCAGCUCAUGCUGUGAAACUGGCCUGUUUCUGUGGGUCAGGUCACUCAGGAAGUGAAGAGGACUAUAAACUAAGAAAGGUUCGACUGUAAUAAAAGCUCUCUCAUCACAACUCGCUCACAUUUGAUACAUGUUUACCUUCACAGAUGAGCUGACCACUGCCACGACACGCGAGAACGACAUGACGGUGAUGACAAUGAGACAAAGUUACAGAUAAGAGGAAGUGAAAAUGUGGAAAGUACAGAGGAUUGCAAAAUAAGACAGGACAUGACUUGAAAUAGAAACUCAAAGUAAAGAUGGGGAAAUGUACCUGUCAGGUUUGGACACGAAGGAUGGCUGAUUUCCUGUAAACGGAGGGGGAGGAGAAAGCAGCCGCUGAUGGGGCAGUGUGAGGGCGCAGGAAGCAGGAACGUCGAGCCUGGAGCAGGGGUGACCACUGGCCUGAACAACCUCUGAUCAGCUUUUCUGGAACUGAAAACUCGAUGUUUCCCCUCAGCUCAGAGUUUGGGGUCAAACAAAGGCCCUGAGCUCACAGUCACCUCUCAUACUAAAGUGUAGAAAAUGAAUAAUUGUGUGGAAAAUGAGAAGGACGGCGCCGACUCUUCACAAUGUAACAGUAAGCAGUCCAAAGCAGAUCCACUGGCCUUCAGUAAUGAACCCAGAGCCUUGGACACAAAUGAGAGGAGAAGUAAGAGGAGCGGUGUUUGUGAGGAGGAGCAGCCGUCCUGCUGUGCUUUGUGUCAGGACAUCCUGAAGGAUCCAGUCUCUACCAGCUGUGGACACUGGUUCUGCACACAGUGCAUCUCCUCAUACUGGAACCAGUCUGCUUCAUCAGGAGACUCGUCCUGUCCCCAGUGUGGAAAAAGAUCCAGAACCAGAGCUGGACUGCAGACAGCCAGUCAGAGCAGCUGUGUACAAACAGAUGUUGGUCUGCAGGAGGUUUUAGAUGAACAUAAGAUCAGUCUGAGGAGGAGAUGUGAACGUGUGACUGAAGGAAGUGAUGAAACAGGAAGUAGAACCCUCCUCAACACCAUCUACACUGAGCUCUACAUCACAG